UUCGCCAUUUUCCACCAAUUACAUUGCCCAAAUCCCGUUGUCAUUCCGUUGUCAUCGGUCGCCACUUGAAAUAAAUUUCCGUUGUCAUCGUUGUCAUCAUUUUCGCCGUGGCGACCAGGUCGCCACGCCGAAAAUGAUUCUAGGGCCGUUCAAAGGUGUUGAAAAAAAAGUGCGAGAUGCGUAAUAUUCGAGUGUUGAGAAUAAAGAAAGCGUAUAGGACAAGUGUUGCUCGAGUGAUGACUGAAAGGAACGUGAGAUGCGGCAAAGCUGAAUUCAAUGGAGCGUGUGUGCGUUGGCAAUUGAGCAGGUCGAAUGUUGCAAUGGCGGCAAGCAAAAAUUUUAGUCAUCGCUGGUCAUCGCUGGUCAUCGCCUCUGGUCAUUGUACACGCUUUUGGAAAUUUUUGGUCAUCGCCUCUGGUCAUCGCCUCUGGUCAUCGCCUUCCCUUUUUUACUCCGCUGGUCAUCGCCUCUGGUCAUCGCCUCCCCCUUUCUGUCACCGCUGGUCAUCGCCCCUGGUCAUCGCCUCCCCCUUUUUUUUCUCCGCUGGUCAUCGCCUCUGGUCAUCGCCUCUCCCUUUCGGUCACUACUGGUCAUCGCCUUCCCCCCAUUCUUGCAAAUGCUCCCCCCACCACUGUUCCUUUUGGGAAAAAUCUGGUCAUUGACCAAAUAAAGUUUUGGUCAUUGUUUGGUCACUGUCAUUUCA